AUGAAGGUCAUCGAGCUUGCGCAUAUCAUGGCAGGUCCGGUGUGCGGCUUGAUGCUGGCGGACAUGGGCGCGGAUGUCAUUAAGGUGGAAAAGCCGCAAGGCGAUGAUUCUCGCCGGUUCGUCCCACCCGAGAUUGAAGGUGAAUCCGCUGCUUACAUGAUGAUGAACCGCAACAAGCGGGGAAUAGCACUGAACCUCAAGGACCCGUCGGCGCGAGACAUAUUGCACAAGCUCCUUUCAGAUGCGGAUGUCGUGAUAGAAAAUUAUCGCCUGGGCACAAUGGAACGGCUGGGUCUCGGCUAUGAGGAUCUGGCGGCAGUCAACCCGCGCCUGAUCUAUUGCGAAAUCUCCGGGUUUGGGCGUACCGGUCCGUACGCUGAGCGUGGCGGUUUUGAUUUGAUAGCUCAGGGCAUGGCCGGUCUGAUGUCGAUCACCGGCGAGGGACCGGGGCGUCCGCCGGUCAAAGUGGCUGCACCGAUUUCAGACAUCAAUGCCGGUAUUCUGGCGGCCAUGGGUGUGAGCGCGGCAUACGCAAAUGCGUUGAAGACCGGCCGGGGGCAAAAAGUUGACACGUCGCUGUUUGAGGCCGCGAUUGUGCAAACAUACUGGCAAUCGGCGAUUGCUUUUUCUACCGGUGAAAAUCCGCAACCGCUUGGCUCAGCGCAUCCGCUCAACGCACCUUACCAGGCGUUCGCAACCAGCGACGGCUGGAUCAAUGUUGGCGCCGCGAACCAGAGCAACUGGCUCCGUUUGCUGGAUGUCAUCGAUACGCCUGAGCUUGAUGCCGAUCCGAGAUUUGCGUCGAACCAGUCGCGGAUGCAAAACCUGCCUGCGCUCGUCGAAAUCCUGAAUGAGAAACUUCAGCGGGACACGACCGCCAACUGGUUGGCCAAGAUGGAAGCCGCGGCGCUUCCAGCCGGUCCGGUCCUGGGCAUUCUGGAGAUGCACGAGGACCCUCAGGCGGUUGCACGUGAUAUGAUCGUGGAGACAAAUCACCCCAUCGCUGGCGAUGUUAAAACCGUUGGUCAUCCGGUCAAAUUCAGCAAGACACCUGCCAAAGUUGCCAGAGCCGCGCCGGUGUUGGGACAGCAUAGCCGAGAGGUGUUGGAACAGCUUGGGUAUGAUCAGGAAACUGUCGCGAGCCUGAUGGCAAGCGGGGCGGUCAUAGCCGCAUAG